AUACAAAGUUUCAAUUCAAAUUCAAAUUGUCAAUUCUCUGGGACUUUCUGAAGUUUCUUUUGUAUUAAUAACUAUUUAAAAAGCACUUCAAGUUAGAAUUGAACAUAUAUAAGUGUGAAUUGUUUACAAACUUCAACCAGUUCGAAUAUGUUGAAACGAGGUAAUCGCUCUUAAUUAAAACUAUACAAAAUAUUAGUAAAAUGUGUGAAAGUGCUAUCGAUGCAGUUCAUCCGCGGUUCUCUAAGAAACCGGCUUCGUUUUAUAAGGGCUUCAAAAUAGCCCUGGUUCAGAUGAUGGUGGGCGCAGACAAGGCUCAAAACAUAGAGACUGCGGUGCGUGAGAUUCACAAGGCCAAGUCACAGGGGGCUCAUAUUGUGGCCCUGCCCGAGUGCUUCAACUCUCCAUAUGGCACUAAAUGGUUCCCAGAGUACGCGGAGGAGGUGCCGUCGGGCGCCACGAGCCGGGCGCUGUCCCGCGCGGCGGCGGAGGCGCGCGUGUGUGUGGUGGGCGGCACGGUGCCCGAGCGGUGCGGCGGCGCGCUCUACAACACGUGCACGGUGUGGGACGGCAGCGGCAAACUGCUGGCGCAGCACAGGAAGAUGCAUCUGUUCGACAUAGACAUUCCCGAUAAGAUAACCUUCAGAGAAUCCGAAGUGCUGAGCGCGGGGGACCAGAUAACUACCUUCGAGUACCAGGGCGUCAAGAUCGGUGUGGGGAUCUGCUACGACUUGCGGUUUUCUGAAAUGGCACACCUAAUGGCUAAGCAAGGUUGCUCAGUCCUCAUAUAUCCAGCUGCCUUCAAUAUGACAACUGGGCCCAAACAUUGGGAACUGUUGGCCAAGGCCCGGGCCAAUGACGAACAGUUAUGGGUAGCGCUGGUCAGCCCUGCAAGAGAUACCGAAGCUGGUUACGUGGCCUGGGGACAUUCGACGUUAGUGGAUCCUUGGGCCAAUGUUGUGGCCAAGCUGGAUGAAAAGCCUGGAACCUUGUUGGCUGAUGUCGAUUUAAGCAUCGUUGAAGAAGUUAGGAGUCAGAUACCAGUGCGGGUCCAGAGAAGAACGGACGUAUACGAUACUGUACUUAAGACCAAAUGUUAACUAUGCCAAAUAUUUUUUUUUAUUUUCCAUACAUGUUUUAUAUAAUCUAAUUAGUAUUUAUAUAUCGCGGGGCGAUAUAUUUCUUAUUACAAAGAAUUUAAAGUUAAUUUUGUAUUUGGUGGGAAAAUAACGCUGGUUUGGUCGGUACACCCGACAAGCUAUUCGGGGUACCUAAUCACGAGAUUGUUCGCGUGACACGAUGCGAAGCAAUCUGUUGGCACGUCACUCUUUUAAGAUGCCCCGACGGGCCGUCAUGUAAUAUAAUAACGCUUGGAAAGCAAUAGGUAAGCAAUAAAAUCUUGAAUCGUGAAACUCGUGUUUACACACGCUAAAAAUAAAUUAUUUUUCAGUUUUACAAUUUUUUUUUAAGGCUUAUCGUAAAAUGGAUUUUAUUCCGUGGUAAUUGUUGAUGUAAGAUUAGGGCCAUUGCAGACCGUGCGCACGUUCAAAUAUUUUAUAGCCUAGAUUUCCUUUACCUAUAUCAUAUUAAAAGCUGAGUUCACUUAACAUCAUGAUUUUGUAUUCAAUCUUAUUCUGAUUUUGCAUUAUAGUAAAUUAUUUAUUGACAUCGGACGAUACUUAGGCCUUUAUAUUGAGUUCAAACGGUGUAUGUCGCAAUAUGCCUGUAAUGUCGCCCGUUGAGACAUCGUGCAUUUUACAUCCAUAGUUUUUGACGACCUUUGCGGCGCAGUGGUGAGCGCUUUGCAUAAGCGGAGGUCCCAGGUUCCAUUCCCGGCAGAUUGUGAAAUUAUAAUUUUUGAAUUUUCUUUGUGUGACCAAAAAGUUGAGUUCCGACUACCGACUACCGAUUAGGGUAUGGGUUUAAUAUUACUCCCUAACAGUUUAGUCCGCUACCAUCUUAGACUGCAUCAUCACUAACCACCAGGUGAGAUUGCAGUCAAGGGCUAACUCUUAAUGCAAUAAAAAAAUCACAAUAAUCCAUAUGCGUAUAAUAUAUGCGUGCAAAACCCUUAAAUCGUAAUUAAUAAGUAAUAUGCAUUCUUUUUUUUUUUUAUUACUUUACAUCGCCAUCGGUCUGCGUUGGCCGUUAUACGCGGGUUAUAUUACACUUUAACGUCAGUUUUAUAUAUUCAGCAUGUCUAUAAUCUGUUGAUAAGUUGCUUAGCAAAGUUUUAAGUUUGUUAAAAAUUGUGUGGAUAUUUUUUAAG